AUGUGUACGAAAGCUUACCACAAUGUAGAAGAGGUUAUUAGACUGCAAGCCAUUAGUAAGAAACUUAAACAAAAGAUAUGCAAUGUGGACCUUCCGGACGAAACUUUGAAGAAAUAUAAAUGUCUUGUGGGUAAACUUCGACAUAUAAUUGGGCGCAUCAUUGCGUGCAACCUAGGUGAAGAUGAACCGGAAUCAGGUGAUGAGGCCCAGUUUAACUACGAGUUCCUCGGGCCAUCAAAGCUACGCGUUGAUGAGGAUGUUCUGGAGAUAUCGGAGGAUGAAUGCGAUGAGAAACGUGAAAGCAACGAUGUCUCUGACUUCAAAUGUGUUUCAAUCAAAGAACGACCAGCAUACCAAUUAUCAGACAGCAUAUUUGCACAGGCGAGUGUGUUCGAUAAAUUGUAUAUCCACCAAAAACAAGGUGUGAAGUGGUUGGCAGGGCUCCACCAUCGUAGGCAUGGAGGUAUUCUCGCAGACGAAAUGGGUUUGGGCAAAACAAUUACUGUACUAUCGUUUUUAAGUGCCCUAAUCUUUUCAGAGGACUCAAAGAAAAUUGACCUAGGUGGGGGAUUAGAAGUGCUCAUUGUUUGUCCCAUUACAUUAAUUUCGCAGUGGAUAGAUGAGAUGGGUAUAUGGGCACCAUCGUUCAAACCUGUGGUCUUCCACGGCUCCUUGGGAACAUACAACAAGCGUUCGAUGUUGACUAAAAAAAAAAGUGCGAGAAACACAUGCCUCAUAACUAGUUAUGAAACAUUGAGGGCUCAUGUAGAUCAUAUUAAUGAGCACCGUUGGUCUUAUGUCAUACUAGAUGAGGGGCAGAAAAUAAGGAAUCCUGAUGCUGCUGUAACAUUAGCAGUGAAAACACUUGGUACGCCGCAUAGGUUAUUGCUAUCUGGUUCACCUAUCCAAAACAACCUAAUCGAAUUUUGGUCGUUGUUGGAUUUUGUUGCCCCGGGUCAUCUUGGUACUCUUCCUUUGUUCAUCGAGCAAUUCGUGAGCCCGAUAAUGAGAACCAAUAGCACUUGCAAUGAUUCGGCUGCCUAUAACUGCGCUCUGCGUCUCAGGGCAUUGGUGCAGCCUUUCAUACGGCGUCAUGUCAAAAGUGAAUUUGCUAAUGCCCUAAAACUCCCUAAAAAAACGGAGCAUGUAAUUAUGUGCAGUUUGACUCCUGUACAGUACGAAGUGUACCUGGCACUGCUGAAAACUGUUCCUGAAAUUGUAUCGAUGGAUGACUUUAGCAUCCGGUCAACUUCUAAACAUAUUGUGAAUAACGUGGGCAAGAAGUUGAAACCUCACGGUUUUUUGUUGUUACUUACGCUCCUAAGAAAAACGUGUAACCAUCCAGACCUGGUUUUGAAAGAACGGCCGAAUGAUUUCGGAAGUAUUGAUAGGUCAGCCAAAUUGAUGGUUGCUCUCGACAUCAUUUCCAACUGGGAAGCGAGUGGUCACAAGAUAUUGGUUUUUACGCAGACUAUACAGAUGUUGGACAUCAUUUAUAACAGCAUCGCUCAGCAUUACGACCCUUGUAGGAUUGCCAGAGUUGAUGGAGAGGUACCGAUAAAAAAACGUUCUGCUAUUGUGGAAUCCUUUGAAAAACAUGAUGAUGUUUUUAUUUUCCUACUAACCACAAGGGUGGGGGGUGUAGGACUGAAUUUAACAUGCGCUGAUCGUGUCCUGAUUUUUGAUCCUGACUGGAAUCCAAUGACGGAUUCGCAGGCCAGAGAAAGAUCCUACAGGAUUGGCCAAAGCCGAGAUGUGGUUAUAUAUAGACUCGUAUGUGCGCAUACUGUCGAGGAAAAAAUAUAUCACAGACAAAUUUUUAAGUUUUAUUUGAGUGAACGAAUCCUGUCGGACCCAAGUGUGAUGGGAUUUAGAUUUUUGCCCGCAGCAGACCUUCUGACGGUGCCCCCGAAGCCGUUUGUACGCGAAGACAUUAGUGGGUAUCUCAAUAAUUUCAAGAACCAAUUGAACUCCAUUGAUUUGGAGAUGGAUAUUCGGCGACUCAACAACAGUAGGGACAUAUACCAGCGCCCCGGUGAUCUCUUAAAAUGCGGUGCUGACGAAAAUCCCAUUUUACAGUCCAUAUUUGCUCAUCAUGGAAUUGAAGGCGUAAUCAAACAUGACGAUGUUGAGAAAACGGUUCAUCCCAAGGGUUAUGCGGGCUCAUCUCUCAUUGCGGAUGAAGCAGUAAGGUUGUUGAGGAAAUCACUGAAAGAAAGAAGUGCAUAUGACAUUUCCGUGCCGACGUGGACUGGUGAAAACGGCCGUGCUGCUGCACCUGUGAACUGCAAAACACGUAAAUUAACAAAUACAACAAAUAAGACCGGAAAGUCAUUGUUCUGCAACUUUACCAAAAACUCAAAUGAUCAAGGCUUGCACCUAACCAAAGAACUAGACGCAACAUCUAUGGCCAAAAUGAUUUUCAAUUACUUCAUCUCCGCUCCAAAGCGAAAGGCGCCAACCGGAGAGGUUUGUUGUAUGGCCAAUGCAAUGUAA